GCUUAAAGCGCUGGGAGAGCUGCUCCGAGAGCAGGUACGAGCUUGUAGAGCUAAAAGCUCGCAUAGCUGCCCGACGGUGCUCGUUUGCGCCAAAAAGUCGGGCUUGAGCUCGGGCUGCCCGACUGGUUGAGCUCGGGCUGCCCAACAGCCAAGAUGGUGGUCUGCUCGAGCUGCGCCGAGCUCUUGUACCCGCCCGGCGCCAAGUUCUGUGCCUGGUGCGGCACCGCAGCUCCCCAGUGGGCGGGCUCCUUGGCGGAGGAUAGAGAGGCGCUGCGAGCGCUGCGCGAGGUCGACGCCGCGAUCGACGAAGUGCUCGAGAACUCCCAAGUGAACCUGAAGGUUGCCAUCGACCACGACUUUAUUGAUCAGAGCAACGACUGGGCCGGGAUCGCGACGCUCGUGGUGCCGCCCGCGCACGUCGUCCGCGGGGCCACGAUCUCCGGGCACUGGUGCGACCAGGGCAGCGGGAACCAAAAAGGCCGAGUGCGCUUGGUUCUGCUGCGGGACGGCGCCCUCGUCGCCGAUGCGGCAGUCCCAGGCCUCGCCCCGCACGGAAGGGAGUCCUUUUCCGUCGUGCUUGAAGGUGACGUCAUGCUGGCCGGCGACGUGGUCGCGGCGCAGAUCAUCGUGGGCGGCGGCGGCGGCCACGCGCUCAAGCUGAAGGGCGUGAAGCUGGUCCUGGACGCGACGCCGACGGAGGCGCUUGCGAAGAGUGGCUACGUGGAGGCGGACGGCCGCGUGACGCAGCUCAGCUUGUACGAAUGUGAGAGCCUCGCGGCGCUGCCGCCCGCGAUCUGCGGACUCUUGGCGCUGACGACGCUCAAACUGGAAAAGUGCUCGGGCCUCAGAGCGCUGCCCGACGCCAUCUCCGAGCUUAGCGCGCUGGCCGAGCUCUGCCUGAGCGAGUGCGAAAGCCUCGUCGCGCUCCCAGACGCCAUCGGCGAGCUUGGUGCGCUGAAGAGUCUCGACCUGUCGUUCUGCCGGAGCCUCGAGGCGCUUCCAGAUGCUAUCAGUGGCCUAGGCGCGCUGACGACGCUCAACUUGUAUCAGUGCGAGAAACUCGUCGCGCUACCGGACGCGAUCGGUGAGCUCGGCGCGUUGACGGAGCUCAAGCUGGAUGAGUGCACAAAAAUCACAGCGCUACCGGAGACAAUUGGCGGGCUCAAGGCGCUAAAGAUGCUCGACAUGACCGACUGCUCGCGCCUCACCUCGCUGCCGGCCGCAAUCGGCGAGCUUGGCGCGCUAACGAAGCUCGACCUGACCGGGUGCUCGAGCCUCGCCGCGCUGCCGGCCGCGAUUGGCGAGCUCGGCGCGCUGACGGACCUCAACGUGAGUGGCUGCACGAGCCUCGUCGCGCUACCGGACGCGAUCGGCGAGCUCGGCGCGCUGACGGAGCUCUACUUGAACGGCUGCACGAGUCUUAGCUUCCCGCCGUUGCGCAUGCAUGAAGACGUUGCGAUGGUGAAGCGCUGCCUCGCGAGCGUCGGGCCGAUCGUCGACGGUGCGCUGGCCCUGGAGGACGCGGGAGCCGACGAGCGGGAAUUCUUUUUCGCCGACGUCCUCAAGCAUCCGGCCUACGCAGACCGCCUCGGCGCGCGCGUCCGCAAGGACCCGGCGUUCGCCGACCUCACGAACGACAAGGGCCAGCGCGUCGUCGAGCUCGCGUGCUUCGAGUGCCGAGCGCAAAUGCAAAAGGCCCUCUUCCUCCUCCGGAGGUACGCCGUCGACAAGACGCCGCCGCUGCACUUCUCGGCGACGGCGGCGGUCCUGGGCGCGACGGACCACGAUAAAUCCGACGUCAAGCCCCGACGCGCCCUGAAGGCGAUGCGACGGGUCGACCAGGUGCUGGCGGAGCUCGAGGGCCGCGCGGGCCUCGACAGACGGUUCGUGGUCGCCGUCGUCGCCGUGCACGUGAGCGCGACCGUGUCUGCCGUGGACCACGAUGAGGUUGCCGCAGCGGCGGGCAAGUUGGACGGCGUCGUCGUCGAGAGGGCCGAGGGCCUCGGCGAGGACCUGGCGGGUCUGCUCGCGGCGCGCGAGCAGCAGAACGACGCUUCCGCCGGCCGCUUCAUGGGGUACGACUACCUCCUCGUCAUGGAGCUCGCCGAGGAGAGCCUGAGCAAGAAAAUCAUUCACGGCGGCGUCUGCGGCGUCGACCUGGUCGAGAUCCGCAAGAUCGCGCGGGAAAUGGCAGAGGCCCUGGACCAUCUCCAUCUGAAGGGCCGGAUCCAUGCGGACCUCAAGCCGCUGAACGUGGUCCGCGUCGGCACAACGUGGCAACUAGUGGAUCUUGACGUGUCCUGUGCGAUCGGCGAUCCCUUUGGCACGAAGAAGCCGUCCCUAGGCUACUGUCCGCCGGAGAUGGCUCAGACCUGUGUGGAAAUCAACCAGUGCGUCGGGUGCACCCGACAAUUCUUCACUAAUUCAUUUCUUGGCGACAACGCGGCCGUGCUGGCUCGGUCGAGCGGUGAGGAACUUGCAUCGCUACGCCAUCGAGCAGGCGUCGCGUUGAUGGCGUGGAGGCCGACGCGACGAGUCAGCACGAACGCGUCGUAAAAUUUUGAUUUACACACAGGCUCAGACUAUCCUCGACGCGAUGGAUGCCUCAGAUCGGCUGGACACGGCCCUACUCAGCGCCUACACCGCGGACAAGGCCUACGACCUCUGGUCGCUCGGCGUCGUUCUUUUUCAUCUUGCCACAGGCACACCCCUGUGGAAGACCGAUAAAAAUGACGACACGUCCCCGAAAGGCCUGCGCAAGCUGGUCAAGCGCUGCUUCGACCUCGAUCGCAAACUGGCCGUCGCGGCGCCGCGCCCGACGGACGAUUUCGAUGGUGACCUCCAAAUGCUGGCGUUCGACCUCAUCCGCAAGCUUCUGACGCCCGAGCCGGACGAGCGACUCAAGGCCUUCAAGGGGGCCACGCCAAUGCGAGGCGUCCUGCAGCACGGCUUCUUUUCCAACGAGCGAGGCGCGGCCGGGCGGGGAGACGCGGGCCGAGACGACGAGGUGAUGAAAGUGUUCGCGGAGGUACGGGCGUCGCAGGCGCAAAUCCUUCGGUCGGUCAACGCCGUCCGAGACCUGGGCGAAGAACAUCGAGACGAGCUCCGGGCGACGGGGAAGUCCCUGCGGAAGGCUAUCUUUGAAGCCAGCGAGGUGAAGACACCGACCGCCUUUGUUGUGCUCAAGGAGAAACUGCCUCCGCUGGAGGAGGACGAGCAGCUACGCGUGAAGGUCAAAGAGGAUGGCGAAGUCGUGGCAGGUGGGGCGCUCCCCGACGAAGUGAACCACCGGGUAAAGCAGGCGAAGGCGUGGCUGAAAUUCUGCAGCGAGUGCGUCGAAGGCGUCGCGGAGUGCUCUCCAAAGGCGAUCGCGGGGGCAGCGAAGGGCGCACCCGAGUGCGUCGAGGACCUUAAGAAAGCCGCCGGAGACCUACUGGUCGGCGAGGAGAUGUGGUUCUACCUUAUAGACGAGCUCACCGGCGAGCCCGUGCGGAGCGCCGGCGGCGUCUACCCCAUUCGCAUCACCGAGCCCUCGGAGCUCGUCGGAAAACUGCUGCCGGUCAUGCAGGUAGGGCUGCACGCCGCCACUCUCGUGAACGGCGUGUCAGGGGUGGUCCGCCUGUUCGGCUAUCCGUUCCCGAGCGUGCCCGAGAAGUUGCGCGAGGGCGCGGAGCGCUCCGUCGAGGUGCUGAAACAGGAGAGCUCGGUUGAGAAGUUCGGGGCUAUCCAAGAGCACGUCGAGACGCAAGACGAGCAGGCCACGAGCGUGCGCGGCGCGUCGCUCCGGGAGCUGGAGAAGUUCCUAGCAAAAGAGGACCCGCGCGGCACCUACGCCGGGCUCCAGAAAGUCGGCGACGAUUCCGACGGCACGGCCGUGUGGACGACGCUGACGGACCCCGAGGAGGUACAGGAGGCGCUCAAGACGCGCAUAGCGAGUCGGCGCGCCGAGCGGCGUUUCCAGGAGGCGGCGUCGCUCGGAAUGCUCCAGGCGAAGUUCGCGGCGAAGCUGCGCGACGCGGUGCAGGCGAUGCGCGCGGAGGACGGUGUGUAAGACUGUGACAUCACACACAGA